AUGGCUGAAAACGACCUCGGCGACUUUUUUGCCAAGAAAGACAAGAGGAAGAAGAAGAAGAAGCAGCAAGGAACUAAAGUGACCAGUGCGACUUUGAUAGAACAAUUGAUAUCCGACACUGGCAAAACUGAGGAACAACCUCAACAACAGUUCACUGAGAAAGCUCACAUAGCUAGACCAGAUGAUAACGAAUGGGUGGAAAUAAAUGACGACCAUUUAGCUGAGGGGCUCUCAGACCUGAAAAUAAAAUCUCUUGAUGCCAAGGAAGAGGAAGAAGAAGCGAUAAGACAAGAGCAAGAAGCUCAAGACUAUGAAUCUGAAGAUGAGAAUGGAGAGAAAGACAAGGGUCCUUGGGCCCCGUUGUCCUCAUCGCCCCCUAAAACAUUUUCUUCAAUAAAUAAGCCUAAAGCUAAUGUUCCCUCCAUACCUUCUUCACUUGUGUCAGCGGGCGGGAAAUACAUUCCUCCCGGUCAGCGGGCUGGUGGACCGGCAGUAUCGAAUAGCAGAUCGCGCGGAAGAGAGCAGAUCAAUGUUAAUAGCGUGGAUCAGUUCCCGGGUCUUCAUGCGCAGUCGAACAACCAACCCAAAGAAAAGCAUGACCCAACAUUUGACAUGGCUAAGGGCGGCGGCAAAAGAAUACAGAAACAGGCUAGACCGGAGCAAAUGCAACUGAACAACAAGUUCCAAGUUUUAGAAUCAUAA